GCGGCGAGCGGUCGACUGUCGAGUCGAGUCUCUCGGCGACGUUCGACGCGGAAGGACGGUCCGUCGCGUUCGCCCCGGGCGAGAAACCCGCAGUCGAUAACGGCACGCACACGUAUUAGGACGCGCCGGGGUUGCGUCUCGCGUCGCGGCGGUGCAAAUGCGCGCGCCAGGCGAGUACGAGCCAGUCCGCGAACAUCGGGCCAGUCAGCCAGUGGCAGGAAAAAAUGGCGGAUGUCGACUUGAAUAUCGAUAACCUGAUACAGAGAUUGCUGGAAGUAUACCACACGCAGAAAGACCAGGUUCAGAAGAAAGCCAAGCUAAAAGAUAUUUUCUCGUCGGACUUUGUCGUCAGAGGAUGUCGACCGGGCAAGAGCGUGGUCAUGUCGGAGGCCGAGGUGCGCGGCCUCUGCCUCAAGUCGCGGGAGAUUUUCCUGCAGCAGCCGAUCCUGCUGGAGCUGGAGGCGCCGCUUAAGAUCUGCGGCGACAUACACGGCCAGUACACCGACCUGCUGCGGCUCUUCGAGUACGGCGGCUUCCCGCCGGAGGCCAACUACCUGUUCCUGGGCGACUACGUCGAUCGGGGGAAGCAGUCGCUGGAGACGAUAUGCCUACUGCUGGCGUACAAGAUCAAGUAUCCGGAGAACUUCUUCCUGCUGCGCGGCAACCACGAGUGCGCCAGCAUAAACAGGAUAUACGGCUUCUACGACGAGUGUAAGCGGCGGUACAACAUCAAGCUUUGGAAGACCUUCACGGACUGCUUUAACUGUUUGCCGAUCGCCGCGAUCAUCGACGAGAAGAUCUUCUGUUGCCACGGCGGGCUCAGUCCUGACCUGCAGGGAAUGGAACAAAUCAGAAGAAUCAUGCGUCCAACCGAUGUACCUGAUACCGGUCUCCUCUGUGAUCUCUUAUGGUCUGAUCCUGAUAAAGAUGUUCAGGGUUGGGGCGAAAAUGACAGAGGAGUCUCAUUCACAUUCGGUCCAGACGUCGUGUCGAAGUUCCUGAAUCGUCACGACAUGGAUCUCAUAUGCAGGGCGCAUCAAGUGGUCGAGGAUGGCUACGAGUUCUUCGCCAAGCGACAACUUGUCACACUUUUCUCCGCGCCAAACUACUGCGGCGAAUUCGACAAUGCCGGCGGAAUGAUGAGCGUCGACGAAACGUUGAUGUGCAGUUUCCAGAUCUUGAAACCGUCAGAAAAGAAGGCAAAAUACCAAUAUGGAGGAAUGAACACGGGUCAAGCCGGUAGACCAUCUACACCACAAAGGAAUCCAGCGAAAAAGAAAUGACAGCCUUCAACCGAACCUGCACAGCAACAAACGCGAUUAUCUUUAAUGGAGGCUAUCAUGCUAGGUAAAUCUGCUUUAUGCUUGUCAAAGCUUACUUAAUCACACUAGCUGACCACUUAUGUGCAUUAUUACGAGUCUGUUUCCCACGAUUAUCAGUUGAACAGUGAAAAAAAAGUGAAAGGAGAGCGGAAGGAAGCGAAAUGUAGGACGUUACUCGAUGUAUUUAAGUUCGCGCAAUGAUUCGCCGAUGAUUUAGAUGUAAUGUUUAGCACGCGACAUUUCCAACACAUGUACACGCACUCCGGGACGGACACGAUUUAAGUGGACAUGAUUUACGGGACAGUGAUAUGUUGUAUGGAUUCGUUCACUCGGACACAUGGGCUUGCGAAAAAUUCGUAAAUGCUUUAUAGCCGACGCGCUUGUCGACGACAUCGAGUGCCUCAGAUGCUACGUAUCUGAUCUAACCUUUGGUUUUCAUGUGUUUCAGCACGAAGACGUCGAGAUACAGAAUUAACCUUACUGAUAAACAUUACCUUUAAAAGAGCAUGUGUAAGAUUUAUCUCUCUUUCAAUUGCAUUUUAACGAGAUAAGAGAUACGAACAGUCCGCGCUGUGUCAAGUUUCGAUUAUCAUCGUACUUGACGGAGGAUCGGUUCUCAGAAUUUCGCGGCAGUUAUAUCUCCCGUAAACAAAAUGAUCCUUCGGUAAAGCUGGCGCUUUUUAAAAAAGCAUUUUGUCACUUUCAUUUGUAUUUAUUUGUUGAUGUUGAGUGUAAUUAUGAGACUCGCUGUUAUUAUUAUUAUUAUUAAUUUUAUUUUUAAUAGUAUUUUUAUCAUUGCUUUAGCAGCUAAUUUAAAUGUCAUCGUUUCGUGAGAUGCUGAGCGUGUAUAUAGAUAGAUAUAUAUUUUUGACCAUUUAUUUUUUUCAUUAUCCAUUACGAAUUGAAUUAUGUCGACAUGUGCAGUAUUCCGUGGUAGUGACUGCACGGUCCAGGGAUAUGUCGUAGACGAAUUUGGUUGUUUGUUCUCGGGCGAUAAAUCUGGAAAGCAACAUAGAGGACUAGUAUUUUUAAGAUAAAACGCUAGAGAUCACGCCUUUAUUCGAAGGAUAUUGGAAGGAGGGGGGAACGUGAAGAAGAGAAAAACGAGGACAUGUGGCAUUGUUAUACUGGGAAAAACAUGUGGAUGUAGAAUCUCGGCUUUUCACGCUCGCGAUGCGGGCGAAACGCGAAUGCAAAUGUGCACUUGGUUAUCUGAUUUAUGAAAGAUUUAUCACAUAUCGUAAAGAUUAUUUCGAAUCGUGCGAAUCUCUUUCAACAAUGGUUUUACAGCCGGACCUGCGUGUUUCGAUUUUGACGAGUUGAAAUUUUGCAUUUGUUACAAUGUGUAUUUAUGUUUGCAUGUCUAGACGUAAGAUAUACUUUCGCACACGUGCUUGGAUAAAAUUCACUAACUUCUUGAACAGAAAGACAUACGAUGGCAAAUUGCAUUUGGUUUGGUGCAUUUAUUUGAAUUGUAUCAUAUGUUCAUUCAACUUGGUUUUCUUUGUCGAUUAUUCAAAUGUUUUUCAGUAAUGCUGGAUUCGUCGCUGUAGAAGUCACUAAUACGAUUAUUUUACAAACUUAACUGCAUUAAAAUUUUCUCGCUGCGCUCUUGAUUUGUAAGCGACAUUGUAUUAUUAUUUGCGGUUGUCCGCACAACAGAAAUCGCAUAUGCCGGAGAAAUAUGUGUUUAGUUAAAAAUUGAAAUACUAUUAUAUUCUGUACACAUGCAGGAAUCUUAGAAAUGACUUAUGUAUGAAGAAGAAAAUGCUGUGCUGUACGGAAGUAGCAACCGAUUAAAUAUGAAAUUGUAUUUAUAGGGAGAGCGCAUUUCCCUAAUAAUGCGAAAUUGUGUUUUCAAGUGAUAACAUUAGCGAAAUAUCCAUACAACUAAUAAAUGAGUACGUCAAAAUUAACGAGGCAUCGAUAAAGCGCGUUUCUGGACAAUUAAAUUUAGACUGACAAUUGAUGGGGUGUCGUGCGAACUAUUGUGAUUGAAGAGACACGAUCCGGAGACACGAAGACCGUACAUCAAAACUGAAAAUUCAUCGCGAAGCAGAGAUCAAUCAAACGGAGCAAGCCUUUUCGUGGCAGCGACGCCACGAUUGGCUCUCAUAUUAUGCUAUAUUUUACUCAAUGGUUACUGAUUAUUUGAUUGUUAUUUAACGUUAUCAGGGAGCGUUUGACGAAGUUAUUGUUCGUACGUAAAGAUGCAGUGUGCGAAUUUGUUAUGUUUUGGAACUGGAUGAAACGGAAGGUCCUCACCUCUUCCCUCCCUGCGUUUCUCUCCCCUCAAAAAGAAAAAAGAAUCGCAAGAUUAAUUAUCGUCAAAGGAGCGGUUGUGAUCCCCUGAUAUAUGCGUUCUUUUUGUCCGAGAUUCAUAUAUUAUAUACAGAUAUUAUAUUUGUAAAGGGUUGGCCGGUCGCGAUUCGACGAUACUUUAUUAAAUAAAUAAUUAAAUAAGAGGCGCUCUCGUGAGAGGAGUUUGCGACUAUCGUGGGUUGUUACAUCGUUCGAAUCGUCGAUGACGGAACACGCUAUGCAAUGGCAUCCUAGAGAUGUAAAACUUUCAGAUAAUAAACAUGCAUAUUGUUGUACAAA